AUGGCGAAGAACGUCGGGAUAUUGGCUAUGGACAUCUAUUUCCCUCCCACCUGUGUUCAACAGGAAGCUUUGGAAGCUCAUGAUGGAGCAAGCAAAGGCAAAUACACCAUUGGACUUGGCCAAGAUUGUUUAGCUUUUUGCACUGAGCUUGAAGAUGUCAUCUCAAUGAGACAGUUGAAGUUUGUUUUGUUUUGUUUUGUUUUUGUGAAUGAACAGAAAUGUGGAAACACUGAUGUAGAAGGUGUUGACUCGACCAAUGCUUGUUAUGGUGGAACUGCGGCUUUGCUAAACUGUGUCAAUUGGGUUGAGAGUAACUCCUGGGAUGGACGCUAUGGCCUUGUCAUUUGUACUGACAGUGCGGUUUAUGCAGAAGGACCUGCAAGGCCCACUGGAGGAGCAGCAGCAAUUGCUAUGUUGAUAGGACCUGAUGCACCUAUUGUUUUUGAGAGCAAACUGAGAGGAAGCCACAUGGCUCAUGUCUAUGACUUUUACAAGCCAAAUCUUGCUAGCGAGUACCCGGUUGUUGAUGGUAAGCUUUCACAGACAUGCUACCUUAUGGCACUUGACUCCUGCUAUAAACAUUUAUGCAACAAGUUUGAGAAACUUGAGGGCAAAGAAUUCUCCAUCAAUGAUGCUGAUUACUUUGUUUUCCAUUCUCCUUACAACAAACUUGUGCAGAAAAGCUUUGCUCGUCUCUUGUACAACGACUUCUUGAGAAACGCAAGCUCCAUUGACGAGGCUGCUAAAGAAAAGUUCACUCCUUAUUCGUCUUUGUCCCUUGAUGAGAGUUACCAAAGCCGUGAUCUUGAAAAGGUGUCACAACAACUAGCGAAAACGUAUUAUGAUGCUAAAGUGCAACCAACGACUUUAGUACCAAAAGAAGUCGGUAACAUGUACACUGCUUCGCUCUACGCAGCAUUUGCUUCCCUCAUCCACAAUAAACACAGCGAUUUGGCGGGAAAGCGGGUGAUUAUGUUCUCAUAUGGAAGUGGUUCAACCGCAACAAUGUUCUCGUUGCGUCUCUGCGAAAACCAGUCUCCUUUCAGCUUAUCAAACAUCGCUUCUGUAAUGGAUGUCGGUGGUAAAUUGAAGGCUAGACAUGAGUAUGCACCUGAGAAGUUUGUGGAGACAAUGAAGCUAAUGGAACAUAGGUACGGAGCAAAGGAGUUUGUGACGAGCAAGGAAGGUAUUUUAGACCUUUUGGCUCCCGGGACUUAUUAUCUGAAAGAGGUUGAUGCAUUGUACCGGAGAUUCUAUGGCAAGAAAGGAGAUGAUGGAUCCAUAGCCAAUGGACACUAA